AUGGCCGCUCUCACCAUGACUCCUCCCACACGCCAACCCUUUGCCAGUCUGGACACUCCCAGAAUGCGUCCCUUCAUGCGGUCCAAGUUGAACCGUCAGAACCAGCAAAAUGGCGCGACUCUUUCAGCCAAAAGCACCAUCUUCAUCGAUAAUGCCGAGAACAUCGACCCAAACACCCUCAAUCUCUCCGGCAAGCGCAAGCGUUCCCUCGAGGAUGACGAUGAUAUCUCCAAGGGCUCCCCAAAGCCCCUCAAGACCUCGCGCAUGGCCCUAUCAGUCCGCGACAUGAACUUCUCCCCACGCCUCUCAACACCAUCCAAACUCUCCCUGUCAACACCCAAGUCCGCUCCCGUCCUGAAGCCAGCCGGCCGCUCGCCCCCACCCAAAUCCAUCACUUCUACCCGCCGAUCAACAAUCACCAAGGCCCGUCCCGAACCCAGCAAACGCGGCGGCGUCGCCCGGCCAUUCUCCCUCGCCACGGCCCUCUCCCACGGCAAAAACAAGACUACUACACCAGCCAAACCAAAAGGCCCGGCAUCAUGGUUCUUCGAUAUCCACGUCGACUCCGAGCAAGAAGAGAUGACCAACUUGAUGCAACACUCCACCGGCGUCCUCGACAUCAGCGACGACGAGUCAAAGUCUUCCACCACCGACGACCGCGGUAAAGAAAACGUUCCCCCCGCAGAACUGGGUAUUGACCUCCCCCGUUCUGCGGAGGUAACUGCCCUAAUUGCAGCCGCCGCGACUCGCAAGGCGAAUAAGAUGGAAGAAGACCGUUCCCCACUUGGAGAAUUGAAUGCUGCGGAUUAUUAUCCGGAGGAUUGUAAUGCGUUUUCGUUUGCGGUUGUCUACGACGAUGAGGAUGGGGAGAGUGAGAAUGCGGUUGUUCCGAAGAAGACUACUCCUGAGCAGGCUGUUUUUGUGAAGCCCGUUAUUCCUACUUCUAUUGCCUCCGUUCUGGAGACAGUUAUUCCGGAGAAGCAGGUCGUCGAGUCGAAGGAUGCGAGUAAUGAGUCUGAUGCUACAAAGGACUAG